CCUGAAGGCCCAGAUAGAUAUCGGAAAUAAGGCGCGAAGCCCAGAGGGAGUGUUGCGUGUUGCGUAGUGGUGCAGUUCGUUCACGAAACUUUACCAGAAGCUAAAGUGAGUCACCGCCACCUACACCUGCACCUCCGCCACUACCAUACCGCCGGAAUCCGAUUCGAUCCGAUCCGAUCCGAUCUGAUCUAUCGAGUGUUCCGUCGGAGAGAGAGAUGUGGGUGUUUUACAUGAUCUCUCUGCCCCUCACAGUGGGGAUGGUGCUUUUCACGCUGAGGUACUACGCAGCUCCACGCGUGCCUCGCUACGUGCUUUUCACCGUUGGAUACACUUGGCUCUCUUCCCUCUCCAUCAUCGUCCUCGUCCCCGCUGAUAUCUGGACGACAAUAUCUUCCUACCAUGAGAAUGGAGGAAUUUCUUUCUUCUGGAGCUGGUCAUACUGGAGUACCUUUUUGCUUACAUGGGUUGUUGUGCCCCUUAUCCAGGGUUUUGAAGAUGCUGGGGAUUUCACUGUAUCAGAAAGAUUGAAGACCAGUUUACAUGUUAACUUGAUCUUUUAUGUAAUUGUGGGAUCCAUUGGCAUUUUUGGAAUUAUUCUUCUUGUUAUGAUGCAUCGGCAUUGGAGUGGAGGUCUUUUGGGAUUAGCCAUGGCUUGCUCAAAUACUUUUGGACUUGUUACUGGUGCGUUUCUUCUUGGCUUUGGAUUAAGUGAAAUUCCCAAAGGCAUUUGGAAAAAUGCUGAUUGGACAAUCCGUCAGAAAGUUCUUUCCCACAAAAUUGCUAAAAUGGCUGUUAAGCUUGAUGAUGCUCACCAAGAACUUUCAAAUGCUAUUGUUAUUGCUCAAGCCACAUCCAACCAGAUGUCCAAGCGUGAUCCUUUGAGACCUUACAUGAAUGUAAUCGAUGAUAUGCUAACUCAAAUGUUCAGGGAAGAUCCAUCCUUCAAACCACAAGGUGGCCAAUUAGGGGAAAGUGAUAUGGAUUAUGACACCGAUGAGAAGUCAAUGGCAACACUUAGGCGUCAUCUUCGAGGAGCAACUGAGGAGUACUACAGGUAUAAAAGUGAGUAUAUUACUUACGUGUUAGAAGCCCUUGAGUUGGAAGAUGUGAUAAAGAAUUAUGAUCGGCGCAACUCCUCUGGAUGGAAAUAUAUUUCAAGCUUUAGAGAUGCUCGGACGGGCAAGAUUGGGUCUUUAUGUGACACUUUAGAAUUUUUCUGGCGAUGCAUUUUAAGAAAGCAAGUUCAGAAAGGCUUGGCUGUUAUACUUGGUGUCAUGUCUGUUACAAUUCUUUUAGCAGAAGCUACUCUUCUACCUAGUCUUGAUCUAUCACUUUUCUCGAUUCUUAUAAAAUCUGUUGGAACAGAGGAAGUGCUUGUUCAGGCGUUUGCAUUUGUUCCUCUCAUGUACAUGUGCAUCUGCACAUACUACUCCUUGUUCAAAAUUGGAACAUUGGUGUUUUACUCGUUGACACCCCGACAGACCAGCUCAGUGAGCCUGCUUAUGAUAUGCUCUAUGAUUGCUCGUUAUGCUCCUCCAAUCUCAUACAACUUUCUCAAUCUUAUUCGUCUUGGUUCUACGAAAACAACUAUCUUUGAAAAGAGAAUGGGGAACAUUGAUAAUGCUGUCCCUUUCUUUGGAGACAAGUUUAACAAAAUCUAUCCACUUAUUAUGGUUGUAUACACCCUUUUGGUUGCAAGCAACUUCUUUGAUAGGGUAUUUAAUUUUCUCGGUAGCUGGAAGAGAUACGUUUUUGAAGCUGAAGGUGAAGAUAUGGAUGGUUUUGAUCCGUCAGGAUUAAUUAUCUUACAGAAAGAACGAUCUUGGCUUGAGCAAGGACGCAAUGUAGGCGAGCAAGUUGUUCCAUUAGUGAGGAAUUUUAAUGGAAUUGAUCUUGAAUCUAACGACAGUAGUACGGUGAAAAAUGAUGUUGAAAUGAAGGGAACCUCGGCUUUAGUUAAUAAAGAAAUAGAUGGAAAUCAGCCUAAAACUUUAAAGGAAGAGACAAGGAGGCAUAGCUCGAGCAGGGAAGCCAUCAGCAGCAAGUAUGCUGCUAUCAGACAGCAAAGUGGAUCAGCAUAUAAAUUGAAGGCAGAAGAGAAAAAUUUAGCAUCUGCUAAGGUUUCCUUGGUCGAACACGACAAUACUCGUUCCGGUAAUGCUGCUGGAACUUCAGGCUUGGCCUCAACAUGGCAAACAAUGAAAACAAACUUUCAGAGUUUCAAGGCGAACUUAGGGGCCAACAGGUUCACACCUAUUCGGCAAACACAGGAAAGUAAGAUCCCUCAUGUGUCCUCAUCUGAGUCCCUUGAUGAUAUAUUUCAAAGACUGAAACGGCCUUCAUUGGACCAAAAUAUUAACAAUGAUGAGGAUAAUUUGAUGGGGAGCAAUAUUUCCGGCCCUCGUAGAUGAUAUCCAUAAUUUGGGCGAGAAGUUGCAAGUGUUCUAUAAUUGAUCAUGCAAAAUCAUAUUAUCAUGUACAGUUUCUUGUUUCCUAUGGUAGUUUAUACCCCGAUUGCAUUCUAAAGAUAGAUAGUUUACCAUACAGGAACUCGUAGUAGUUACAAAUCAACCUCACAUUAAAUGUAGAUUGUCAUAGAGAAGGAAUACUUCAAAUUGAACCACUAUACAGAGUUUCAGAUAUUUGUUCUGUUUAUAUUCAUAAUCUCAUUUCACUUA